GUCGAUAAUAAACGUUUCAAAUGAGGCGAGCUGGUGAAUGUACGAGGUGAGGCCCUGUAGCUGCAUACUUUGCUGCCCACGCGCCUCGCUUCUUGAUGGACUCCUCGUGCCGAUGCGCGUUUUCUUGAGUUAACCCCGUGCCCACCCCCCAGCCCACCCCCGCCUCGCUGCGUUCUGUACAGCUGCCGUAGACGCCUAAAGGAUGGACUUGUCGCCCCGCGAGCGCCUGCACCGCUUCAAGACACACCCCUCGAGCAUUGCAAGUAAGCCAGUGUGAAGCAUUGACGCAUGCAGGCCUCCUCGUCACGUCACCCUCUUGAUGUGCUGUUGUCUGUCCGCCCUGGUCUCACGCAGCCGUCCUGUGCUCGGCGCUGAAGGAGCAUGACAAGCAUCACCGAGGACUCGUGUCGGCUUCGGCCUUCUCCAGGACACUGCACAACUUGGGGUUGAAAUUUGGGAGCGCGGAAGUUGAUGGGAUCAUGGAGGUACGCAUUGCAUGCAAGAGAGAAAUGAAUGAGGACGCCGACGUCACUGACGGCUGCCUCCCCACCUGUCUGUCUGUCUGUCUGUCUGUCAGCAAUGUGUGGUGACUGAAGACGGGUAUGUCCAUUACAAGCCGCUGCUCGACGCCGUGAGACCUGAGAAGCCCAUGGCGGCCCGCUCGUCUGCGCGGGAUGCAAUUAGUCCAGUCUAUUUAGACGAGGCCGACGUGUUUGACCGCACAUCGCCGCCCCUGCAGGGGUGCGCGCCGCCUGACCUCGACAUGACACACCCCGCUGUAAGUUAACUAAGUUCACAUGUGUCUGGUUGACCCAUUUACAUAUUCGAUUCCGCACUCUGGUCUGUCUGUCUGUUUGUCUGUUUGUUUGCAGGCCAUUCGAUUUCUCGUGGCGGCCAAGUCGCCAGACAUCAGGAAGAUAUUCGCAGUGUGGGAUCGGUGAGGGAGGGAUAGCAUAGCGACACAACACGCGGGGGGGCAGGGCACCUUUCAUUUGUGUGUCGUGUGGUGCGGCCUGUGUGUGUGUGUGCUUUUUGUGUCGGUGCAGGGGCGCCAUCGAUGACGCCACGUUUCGUGCCAAGGUAGAGGAGUUGGGAGUGCCCGUGACGCAGGAGUUUGACCGGCUGCUGACCAUUUACGGCCCCAGCCGUGCACUGAGGUACAGCUUGAGUGUGUGUGUGAGCGCGUGAGCGUGAGAGUGAGUGUGUGGAUACUUCGUGAGUGCGAGUGGCCGAUGAGAUGAGCAUGAGUGUAUUUGUCAGCUACGGCAAGGUCAUGGCGGCCCUGCAGAUCAAUGACGUGACCGAGCGCAAGACGCGCAGCAAUGCCGCUGAUGUUGUCGGCCAGCCGGUACGCAGCACAGGUGGAGGGACGGGUGAAUGGAUGGAUGGAUGGAUGGAGGUUUUGACGCCACUUCUUUCUUUCCCUUGUUGUCCUCGGCCAGAGCCCUCCUCGCUACCGCCCUCAGACCUCGUUCAAGGACCCCAUAACCUGGCAGAAUGACACCUACUUCCAGGUCAGCACACACACACACACACACACACUUACACAUGAAGGUUCAAAACACCAAUCAUCCUGUCUGUCGACUGGCUCGUUGAAUGAUUCAUUCAUUUGUUGACUCAUCCAUCGAUCAGAAUCUCAAGAGCGGCCGCCGCAUCUACAACAAGGCCAUGCUGCAGCCCUCUCCCCGCGUCCCCUACGGUGUGAAGGACCAGUCGCCCAUACCCUCGGCCGCCGACCACGAGGCCGUCACCAAGCGAGUCGCCGACUUCGUUGACGGCGUCAUCAGCGCCAUCGUCUUCCGCACCGAGCUGCAGCGGCUGGGCGUGACGGUGACGCCGCCGCUUGAGCAGCUCAUCCGGCAGCACGACCUCCACCAGUCGGUCCCCUUCCGCGACUUCAUGCGAGUGCUGACCAAACCUGGCGCAGAGAUCGAGGGAGGAGAGGCUAGCGCUGCUGGGUUGGAGCCUGGUGAGGGUGCGGGGCCAGGAGGGGCCAAGCUCAUGCCUGCAUCAGCGCCGACCAAGAUAGAUCCGUCUCAGAUGCCGGCGUGUGGCGGCAAGACCCCCAAGAACGCCUUCGAUUCGACUGAGAACAUCCUCUCAUGGGGCGUCAGGGGCGAGGGCGAGGAGGUGGGCGUCACGGCACCGCGCACGACCAAGGGCGAGGGCUACCGUCCCCCGCCCUUUGCCAUCGAUCAAGGCCAGCAGCAGGUGGGGGAGGAGGGAGGCUGUGCCACCACUGGCCGCCGGCACGCCCUGCACCACUACCGUCCCCCGCCAUUCGCCAUCGAAGGCCACGACGGCCUUCCCCAGGCACCAGGCACCUCCUCUCCCCCGCCAGGCAGCGCCGGCAAGGAGUGGACUUCCAGGGCGAUGCAAGUGAGAGAGAGGGGCGGAGAGAGGGAGGGAGGGCCUACGUACACACACAGGUGCACACCGGAGGGGACGGGGACGGACUCAUGAGGUUUGUUGCCUGUGUGUGUGGUGCAUCCAUCCAUUGCAUGUUGAUGAAGAACUACGGCGACAUAAUUGGCUGGACCGCCCAGCCAAGUGAGUAUGAGAUGGAUAUGGAUGGAACGAUGUGUGCGUCAAUCAAUCGGCGUCUGUCUGUCUGUCUGCCUGCAGCAAGGCCCGACAUCGUGUCAGCCCCCACACGGGCCUUGGACGACAAGGCCAAGGCGCCCCGUGGCCAGUACGUGUGGCAGCGCUCGUCUGACAUAAUCAGUUGGGGAAAUGAGGACCCGGGGGUGUUCAGCCGGGGGAGGCGUCGCUUUUUGCCAUUGGGGGAGGAGUGCCCCUUCGGCACGGACGCCGACGUAGCGAGGAGGGACGUGCCGCCUGCAGCAGCAGCAGCAGCUUCAGACCUGGAACGGCUAGGGGCCGAGGUGGGCGAGGAGGCGAAUGAUAUAGGGGAUGGUCAGGGUGGGGCGGUGGUCGAAAGUGCGUGAGGGGCGGCUAGGGAGAAUUCGCGAGAUAGACAAGCUCAGCUGGCUGCCGCUGCCUGCCUGCCUGCAUGGCAUGGAUGGGUGGACGAGUGAAUGAGAGACACUGAUCGAUCGAUGGGAUGAACUUCCAAGGAAUAUGCGUUGAUUGGUU